CGUGCAUCAGCAUUUUGUGAUUGUGAGAUCCUAGUUAGGACGAGGUUAAAUUAAUUAACAAAUGUGGAAAGCCACUAGCUCCCACCCCAUCUUGCAAGCAAGCAAGCAACUUUAAUUUGCCAGCUGUACAUACAUACAUACAUACAGUCCUCUUCUAUACUAGCUGACCAUGUGUGGAAAAGCCCUCUCGAUCCAACCCAUUGACUAGUUUCACUAUAAAUGGCGACUUGCUGUGGCAUUUAUUUAAUUUCUCUUAUUAUAGCUAGCGCUCAUCAGCCAAACAUGGCAUACUCUCCCCCCCUGCUGCAACCACUUCUUGCUCUGCCUUCUUUCAUUCUCAUUCUCUUCCUCGCCCGUUUCUCCAAUGCCCAAAAUCAUGAUCACUAUCUGCAGGUGGACAUGACCAAUAUCCCUCCAGCAAGCAGCCCUGUAUCCCCAGCAAUAGAUUGCGAUGGAGCUUGUGGCGUAAGGUGCGGAAAGUCAAAGAGACCAAACCUGUGCAAGAGGGCUUGCGGGAGCUGCUGCGCCACGUGUCACUGCGUGCCACCUGGAACUUCUGGAAAUUACGAGUCUUGCCCCUGCUAUUCCACUCUCACAACCCACAACAACGUCCGUAAAUGCCCUUAAUUAAUAAUUACUAUGUUGUUUUACUACGCGGUAAUUGUCGUCCCGCCAAUUCUGAAGCAUGCACCCAGCAGUACUCUAAGAAGAAUGAAUGAAUGUUUAAUUUUUUUUUUCUGUUUUCAAUAAUUGUAUGCGUUGAUGAUAAUGAUUAAGAGAAGUGAGAAUUAAAACUAGAAAUGCUAAAAAUAAAUCAUAAACAUCUGAGUCACAAACUACACAAUUAAGCUUGUAAUUUGUACAUCACACCAAGUGAAAAGAAUAUUUUAAAUAAAAAAAACAUAGUGACUAA